AUGUCCACUCGACUCGUCUGGCUUAUAACCGGAACAUCCUCCGGCCUAGGCCGUGACUUCGCUCUUGCCGCUCUUAAGCGCGGUGACAAGGUCAUCGCGACGGCUCGCGGGCGGUCCAUGGCAAAGCUCAAGGACCUUGAGGAGCGAGGCGCGGACGUAAUGGAGCUCGAUGUCACUGCUCCUUUUCCCGAUCUUCAAGCGAUCGCUACCAAGGCGCUCGCCAUACAUGGCACUGUCGACGUUGUGGUAAACAACGCUGGUUACGUCGAGUUCGGAUCAAUUGAAGAGUCCACGCCAGAAGAGACACUCGCUCAGUUCAAUACAAAUGUCUUCGGUUUACUGAACGUCACUCGGGUGUUUCUACCUCAUAUGCGGUCGCGCAAGGCUGGUACUGUCGUAUUCAUUGGGUCCAUGCGUGGCUGGAUCACAUCCGCUGGUAAUGGGCUGUACGCUGCUAGCAAGCACGCUGUUCGCGCUCUUGCCGACUCGCUCGCCGAAGAAGUUUCGCCCUUUGGUAUAAGAGUGUUGAACAUAGAGCCCGGAUACUUUCGCACACCAAUCCUGCAGCCCGGCACGCACCCAGCAUACGAAGCGCGUAUUCCUGCGUACCGGCCCAUCAUCGGUCCCAUCAGCGACUUCUUACAAGCUGCUGAUGGGCACCAAGCUGGCGAUCCUGCCAGGGCGGCCCAGGUUCUUGUGGAGCUCGUGCACGGGGAAGGCGUUGCAGAAGGAAAGGCAUUGCCCGUCACCAUCGGGUUAGGAACGGAUUACUACGAAGAAGUCAAAGCAUUCGCAGAGCAGUCGCUCAAGCGCAUAGAGAAUUGGGGGGCAGUAUCGAAAAGCACUGACUUCCCACAAACAUCUAGGCAAUUGGAAGGCUGA